AUGGCUACGCUGGUGGAUUCACCGCGACCCGCCCUGGUUAGCGAUGCCGACCUCCUCCAGGCCCGCGCUGCGCUACAGCACCAGAACAGCCCCGACAUCUCGGUCCCGCGGGAUUUCAUCUCCCUCAUUGUCGAAGAACUGAUCUACCGCCGCGAGUCCCACUCCGCGAUCGCAGACGUCGAACAUGAAUGUUCCGCUCUUCGCAAGGAGCUCCGCAAACACACGCAUAUCAAUGAAGCCUUCCAGAAGGAACUGCGCGAGAUCGGUGAGAUUAUCACCCAAGUUGCCCAUGGCGACUUGUCCCAGCGCGCACGGCUUCAUCCGCUGGAGAUGUCUCCGGACAUUGCGACAUUCAAGCAGACUAUCAACACCAUGAUGGAUCAAUUGCAAAUCUUCAGUCAGGAAGUGACCAAGGUCGCGCGCGAGGUGGGCACCGAGGGUGUUCUGGGUGGCCAAGCCAACAUCGAGGGCAUUCAGGGAAUUUGGCAAGAACUGACGGUCAAUGUGAACGCCAUGGCCAACAACCUAACUACCCAAGUUCGUGAUAUUACAACCGUGACUACGGCAGUGGCCAAGGGCGAUUUGACUCGAAAAGUGCAAGCAGAUUGUAAAGGAGAAAUCCUGUUGCUUAAGAACAUUAUCAACUCCAUGGUGGAUCAGCUCCGCGAGUUUGCGUUCGAGGUGAGCCGAGUCGCGCGUGAAGUCGGUUCAGAUGGAACUCUCGGUGGCCAGGCUGUGGUCCAUGGUGUUGAGGGUACCUGGAAGAAUCUGACCGACAACGUGAAUCGUAUGGCGUCGAAUCUCACCCAACAAGUCCGUGAGAUCGCCAAGGUCACGACCGCGGUGGCGCGUGGUGAUCUUACUAUGAAGGUGACAGCCGACGUAAAGGGCGAGAUCCUGGAUCUAAAACUUACGAUCAAUGCAAUGGUCGACCGACUCAACCAGUUCGCCUUCGAGGUGAGCCGUGUGGCUCGGGAAGUCGGCACGGACGGCACGCUGGGUGGACAAGCCCAGGUCGAGAACGUCGAGGGUCGUUGGCGCGACCUCACCGACAACGUGAACACAAUGGCCCAGAACCUCACACAACAAGUGCGACAGAUUUCAAACGUGACACAGGCCAUCGCUCGAGGCGAUCUGAGCACGAAGAUUGAGGUCCACGCUCAGGGUGAAAUCUUGACUCUGAAAGAAACAAUUAACCGCAUGGUGGAUGGUCUCAGCCAAUUUGCCCGAGAGGUCAAGAUCGUGGCGAGGGAUGUGGGUGUGAGAGGCAAACUUGGUGGACAGGCGAAGCUGGACGGGUCGUACGGUAUUUGGCGGUCGAUUAGUGAAGACGUCAAUAUCAUGGCCGACAAUCUUACCUCGCAGGUGCGAGCCUUUGGCGAGAUCACGGAGGCUGCGAUGAGUGGUGACUUUACGAAGCUGAUCACCGUGUCGGCAUCGGGCGAGAUGGAUGAUCUCAAGCAGAAGAUCAACAAGAUGAUUUGGAGUCUGCGCGAUAGCAUUCAGCGUAACACGGCAGCUCGUGAAGCUGCAGAGCUGGCGAACCGCAGCAAGUCGGAAUUCCUUGCAAAUAUGAGGUAUUUGAAACAUCCUACAGCUUGUAACCUUGGGAGGGAAUCAGCUAACAUGGACAAACUCUUCAGUCACGAAAUUCGAACUCCGAUGAAUGGAAUUAUUGGGCUUUCGAGUCUAGCACUAGAUACAGACGAGCUUGCUGCCCCCGUUCGGGAGACGCUCAACAUGGUGCAUAACCUUGCCAUCAGCCUUUUGACGAUCAUCGACGACAUCCUCGACAUCUCCAAGAUCGAGGCUAAUCACAUGAUGAUCGAGAAGAUGCCCUUCAGCCUGGGAUCUACGGUAUUUGGCGUCUUGAAAGCACUGGCAGUGGAGACGAACGAGAAGGCGUUGACAUUGUCCUACACUGUUGAUGGCAAUGUGCCAGAUUUCCUGAUAGGCGACGCAUAUCGCUUGCGCCAGGUGAUGCUCAAUCUGGUCGGCAACGCCAUCAAGUUUACCGAUCACGGUGAAAUCCGGGUCACCAUCAGACGUGCUGAGAACAGCGACUGCCAAGAGGAUGAGACGAUGUUUGAGUUCUCGGUCACCGAUCCUGGCAUCGGUAUUGAGGCGAGCAAGCUUGGUCUGAUCUUCGACAAGUUCCAGCAAGCAGACGGAUCGAUGACUCGGCGUUUCGGUGGCACAGGUCUCGGACUGGCCAUUUCUAAGCGGCUUGUCUCUCUCAUGGGCGGUGAUAUCUGGGUUACAUCACGUGUGGGCGAGGGAAGCAAGUUCUCUUUUACCUCUCGAGCCAAGCUGGCAGAGCCUCCAGCUGGUUUCUCGGAGCAGCUGGCACCAUACCGGGGCCGCCGAGUUUUACUUGUCGGUAAUGGAGACUCGGAAGGCUGUUCCGUGUCCACAAUGCUCCGAGACUUUGGUCUCGAGCCCGUAGUCGUUCGUGACAGCGACCUCGUUCCUGACCAGGUACGAAAGGAUCUGUGUGGCUCGUUCGACGCUAUGCUGGCCCCGAGUCUAGAGACAGCGGCCAAGCUACGUGCCGACCCGAACCUUUCUCUCAACCCUCUGGUUAUCGUGGCACCUGUCGUGGCUCUCCUCCUCAAGUCCGCCGGUGAACUCGGCGUAUCAUCCUACAUCACAAUACCCUGUCGACCCAUCGACUUCUGGAGUGGUAUCCUCCCAGCCCUCGGCAACCGCAGGAACCGCAUAUCCGAAGGGAUCACCCGGUCUCUUGCAAUUUUGCUAGCGGAAGAUAACGACGUGAACCAAAAGGUCGCCGUACGUAUCCUUCAAAAAUGCAACCACAACGUCACCGUCGUCGAGAACGGCUUGCAAGCCGUCAAAGAGGCGCAGCAACACCGUUACGACGUGAUUCUGAUGGACGUGUCCAUGCCGGUCAUGGGCGGUUUCGAAGCAACGGUCAAGAUCAGACAACACGAGAAAUUGAACAGUCUGCCGCGCACGCCUAUCGUGGCACUCACUGCGCAUGCCAUGCUCGGUGAUCGAGAUAAAUGCAUCCAAGCGGGCAUGGACGAGUAUCUCUCCAAACCGCUGAACUCGAACAUGAUGAUGCAGACUAUUCUGAAGUGCGCGUCCAUGAACCUGGUCUCUGCUGUGGAGAGUUGA